AGAAAUAAAAAAACGGCUCUCGGACGGGAGCCGGCUCUUAUAGUUCACUUAAAAGAGCCUGCUAAAUGAACCGGCUCGUUCGUGACCAGCACAUCACUAGAGAGAACUACAACUCCCAGACAACCUAUCCACCAACUCUGUUACGUAAUGACCCCUCAGCGCUGCUGUCGCCGCCUAUCACCUUCUGUUUGCUAAGUAGCUAUAGCUGUACGGGUGAAAGUGGGUGUAAUGGAUAGAUGCGGACACUAACGUUAGCAGAAAUAACGCGCCUGUGAAAACAUUACACCCCCGUUAAAACCACCACUAUGUUCGGCCGGUCACGGAGCUGGGUUGGAGGACAAGGGAAGACUAAAAACAUCCACUCUCUGGACCAUCUGAAGUAUAUGUACCAUGUCCUGACUAAAAACACCACAGUGACAGAUCACAACCGAAACCUUCUAGUGGAGACCAUCCGCUCCAUUACAGAGAUCCUCAUCUGGGGGGACCAAAAUGACAGCUCUGUGUUUGACUUCUUCCUGGAGAAGAACAUGUUUGCCUUCUUCCUGAACAUCCUGCGUCAGAAGUCGGGGCGCUACGUGUGCGUCCAACUCCUCCAGACCCUCAACAUACUGUUUGAGAACAUCAGCCAUGAGACUUCCCUAUAUUACCUCUUAUCGAACAACCACGUGAACUCCAUCAUCGUCCACAAGUUUGACUUCUCGGACGAGGAGAUCAUGGCCUACUACAUCUCCUUCCUCAAGACCCUGUCGCUCAAACUCAACACCCACACCGUGCACUUCUUCUACAACGAGCACACUAAUGACUUUGCCCUGUACACCGAGGCCAUUAAGUUUUUCAACCACCCUGAAAGCAUGGUCCGCAUCGCAGUCCGAACCAUCACACUCAACGUCUACAAAGUUUCAUUGGACAACCAGCACAUGCUGCACUACAUCCGAGAUAAGACAGCGGUCCCAUAUUUCAGCAACCUGGUCUGGUUUAUUGGCAGCCAUGUCAUCGAACUGGACAAGUGUGUGCAGACAGAUGAAGAACAUAAGAACAGAGGGAAGUUAAGUGACCUGGUAGCGGAGCACCUAGACCACCUGCACUACCUGAACGACAUCCUCAUCAUCAACUGCGAAUUCCUCAAUGACGUUUUGACCGACCACCUCCUCAACCGUCUGUUCCUGCCCCUCUACGUCUACUCUCUGGUCAUCCCCGAGACGUCUGAAGAGCGAAAGAUCAACCCACAGGUGUCCCUCUACCUGCUGUCUCAAGUGUUUCUGAUCAUCCACUAUCAGCCAAUGGUCAACUCCCUGGCCGAAGUUAUUCUCAAUGGAGACCUGUCUGUCUUCACCCCGCAGAUGGAUAUACACAGCACACACAAGAACACGGCCAGUGCAGGAGGCGUGCGUCGCUUCACCAAGCCCUUAGAGUCUCUGGAGCGCUCCCUGGAGCUGUCCCGCCACCGCGGCCGCAAGAGAACACAGAAGAGGCCAAACUACAAGAACCAUGGCGAGGAGGAGGAUGACGAAAGGGCUGGGGGAGGGGGAGGAGGAGGAGGUGGUGGCGGAGGAGGAGGAGGAGGAGGAGGAGGAGGAGUAGAGGAGGGCUGGGAUGACGACAGCAGAGGAGGAGAGAGGGAUAAGGGAAAAGGUACAGAGGGAGUAGGAGGAGGAGGAGGAGGUGGGAGUUCUAAGGGAAGCAGAGCGAGUGGGGAGACGGCGGAAGAGAUAGAGAUGGUGGUGAUGGAGAAGUGUAAGGUGUCGGAGCUGACGGAGCAGAACAUCACCGAUGAAGAGAAGACGGCUGCAGCCACCCGCACGCACACACAGAGGAGCAGACCGUUCUUAGACAUGGUGUACAGCGCUCUGGACUGCACCACCGAUGACUACCACGCCCUGUUCGUCCUCUGCCUGCUUUAUGCGGUCUCACACAGCAAAGGUAUAAAUCGAGAUCUUCUGGAGCGUCUGCAGCUGCCGGUUCCUGACCAGGAGAAGAGCUCCUACAGCCUGGUGCUGGUAGAGAGACUGAUCAGAGUUAUGAGCCAGGCAGCACAGCCAGAUGGUAGAGUGCGUCUAGCUACACUGGAGCUGACCUGCCUGUUAUUAAAGCAGUCUGUGCUGUCUGGAAACCACUGUUUAAUCAAAGACGUACAUCUGGCCUGCCUGGAGGGUGCUAGAGAAGAAAGUCUGCAUUUACUGCGGAGAUUCUACAAAGGCGAGGAGAUCUUUCUGGACAUGUUUGAGGACGAAUACAGGAGCAUGACGAGUAAACCGCUGAAUGUGGAGUAUCUAAUGAUGGACGCCUCAGUGCUGCUGCCACCCACCGGUACCCCUCUGACUGGCAUCGACUUUGUCAAGAGACUGCCCUGUGGAGACGUGGAGAAGACACGCAGGGCGAUCCGUGUGUUCUUCAUGUUGCGGUCCUUAUCGCUUCAGCUUCAGGGAGAACCUGAGACACAGCUGCCUCUGACCAGACCUGAAGACCUUAUCAAGACAGACGACGUCUUAGACCUCAAUAACAGUGACCUAAUAGCCUGUAUGGUGGUCAGUAAAGAUGGCGGCCAGGCCCAGAGGUUCCUCGCUGUCGAUGUGUACCAGAUGAGUCUGGUCGAACCAGAAACCAAACGCCUCGGAUGGGGUGUAGUCAAGUUCGCCGGCCUUCUGCAGGACAUGCAGGUGUCUGGCGUUGAGGACGACAGCAGGGCGCUGAACAUCGUCAUCCACAAGCCCAGCUCCAACCCCCACGCCAAGCCCCUGCCCAUCCUGCAGGCCAACUUCAUCUUCGCCGACCACAUCCGCUGCAUCAUCGCCAAGCAGAGGCUGGCCAAGGGUCGCAUCCAGGCCCGACGCAUGAAGAUGCAGAGGAUUGCAGCUCUGUUGGACCUGCCUGUGCAGCCCAGCGCGACGGAGGUGUUGGGUUUCGGUCAGACAGGCAACGCUUCACCCAGCGGCCUGCCUUUCCGAUUCUACGAGCAGUCAAGACGGGCGCCCAACGACCCAACGGCAAGCAGAUCAGUCUUCGCAUCCGUCGAUAAAGUACCAGGUUUCGCAGUGGCUCACUGUGUGUCGCAGCACAGUCCCUCGCCGCUCUCCUCGCCCUCGCCUCCCUCCAGUGGGAGUGGGAGCACGGGAAGAUGCGACUCUGUUACUGCGAGCACUAUAUCAGCUCAGAGCCCCACAGAUGAUGGUACAUUUUUGGAGCACACCCCGCCCUCCUCCUCCUCGGGCGGAGAAGGGGAAGGAGGAGGAGGAGGUGGAGAAGUAAUGCCGGUCUCCUCUACCCCCUCGACCCCAGUCUCGGCUCCGACCCUGGCCCCGAGCCUCACCCCGGCGUCCCAGCCCAACAUCUCCCUCCUCACCGACAAUAGCGCAGAGGCGCUCAGCGUGGAGUCGCUCACGCUGAUGCCCCCCGCGGACUCGACGCACCUGCACCGCUGCGCCAGCCACAUACCCUCGACGCACUCCCUCCAGAGACCAGACGCCUCCAUCACAGAGGAAGAGGAGGAGGGUUCGCCGAUGGAUGAUACGGAGACAGAUGUGACGGUAAAAGAGGAAACCACGACAACGGAGUUGGUCACCCCCACUGAAGAGGAACCAGAGGGAGAAGAUGACACACCUCUAGAGGUAAACAAAGACCAACUCUCUGCUGCAGAGCUGCAAGAAAGAGACGAGUCAACGGCUACAGAGAACACAGAAGACACAGAGAUAUACACUGAAACACCAGACUCACCUGAACUGGAUUAAGCAACACACACACACACACACUAUCAUGUUCAUGCACUUAAACACAUCUCUCACACACUUAAGAGGACAGUGUGAUAGUUAAAACUAUCACCGCAGUAUAUUUUCAUGUAUGUAGUGUGUGAUGUGAAUAGUCGUAAGAGGAUUUUGGAGGCAUCUCAACAUUUUGUGUUUGCACAUGAAGAAAGACUCUUUUUACUCGGAGAGGACGAGACACACUGGUUGAACUGGAGUAAAGGCUUAAAGCACAUUUGGGUUUGCGAGUGUGUCCGAUUGUGUUUUUAGCAAGCGUGUGUAAAGGCGCGCAACCAGCAACGUUUUUUACUCAUUCUGAUCGAUUGUUUGUCAGCUCAAAGAAACACACACACACACACACACACGCGCCACACGCUGCUGCUGUGAGCUGUUCAAUCCACGGACUGGUUUUGUGUCUUAUGUUCACCACUAAUGUUUCGUGGUGGUCUAUGCUAACACACACAGACACACACACAUGCUGUAUACAUACAGUCAGUCCACAGAGUCAGAUGCACUUGCCUUUAAACCGCUGCAUGUCAGACCCGCUAGCAGUUACUGCCACCUAGAACUGCCAUUGGGUUGGUGUGUGUGUGUAGAGUUGUGUAUGGGCUUGAAUGAUUCAGCCACCAUGGUUGUGUGUGUUUUCUACAUUUAGUUGUUUAGUUCUUAUUGUUCCAGGUGUAAAGUAACGAUCCAUUCAUUUCCCAUUUACUAAAUAGCGUCUAUUAGAGAAGAUGUAUUAAGUAAUCUGCAGCAUCUCGAUCAAGGAAGGAGCAGAUCUCAUAUAGUAAACAUUAAUUUGAUGUUAACGUGACUUUGUAGCUCACAGCUGAUCUUUUCUUAAAGUGUUGUGCCCUGCUAGUAAACAUUUGGAGGUGUGUGAAAGCAGCUUUUUUGAUUGUCAUCGCAGCAGCACCACCCAGUUUUUUUCAUCAAGUUCUCAUCUCUCGAGCUGACAGUGUGUAGUACGGGUUGCUUGAGUGCUGGCUAAUGGUAUGCAACAGUAGUCAACACAUCUUGACCUUUCAAACUUCCUUUCUAGAUGAUCACCAAUCCCUUCCCAUAUCCAUUCAGCCUGCAGGGAUUAGAUAAUGUGUGUAUAUUCACAAUCAAUCAGCAAACCUGACUGUCAGAAUAAUUGAUUUGAAAGAUCUGAAUGGAGCUGAAUAAGUGGUACAGUAGUUAUACAUAAUGGAUUAGCAGUUCAUUGAGUAGUAGUAGUAAAUAAUUCACAGUCAGUCCAUUCAUUCUCUGCAUAAAGCAGUAUGAACUGCAGUUUUACUCUUUGAAAAGUUAAGUAUUAUUUGAUAUAUUUAGGAAUAUAUAUAUAAUUUGCUUAAUAAAAUGAAACUGACAGCCUCAGAGAGCGUUGUAGUGUAUUAGAUAUCAGUGACGUUAGACGAGUUCAAAGAGUCAUGUGACACAGUUUGAAAUAACAUCCGUGUCUUCAGGUCUGCACACAGCUACAACAACAACAACAACACUGGGGUGAAUGUAUCUGCUGGUUGCCCCUCAGGCACUGACCUGAGCUCAGUUUAACUCCCCAUGUAUCUACUGUCAGAACGGGUUUAAAUACGACUGUUGGGAACAUUCGUGUCUAUAAUUGAAAAAAUCUGUCAAAACAGGAUGUGGCAAAAAAGAUGUAAAUAUGUGUCUCCUCUCCAACUACUGGGAACCAUAAAAUACCCAUUCUCCAGGAAAGACUAGUAGGACAUACCAUUAGCAUAGUGUUUAGAUUGCAUCGUCAUCUCAAAGUGGGCACUCAGCUGUUAAAACCUGGCGAAAAUUGCAAACAGUAACCCCAAGAAACAAAAGCACUCAUGUAAAACCAACAUUCAUUUCUUGAGAUGCUGCUCUGAGGUCAGUGUCGAGAGGCAAACCCCUCCUCCUCUUCCUCCUCCUUUAAUCAGCUCAAUAAAGCUUUACUACUGCAAUAAUCUUAAGAGCUAACAACGAGAGGAGAGAUGAAUGUAACACGCGACGUAUCUCUGUGGUGUUAUUCGAUCGUUUUGAAUGGGAUCGCUGUAUUUUACCCUUAAAUCAUGACUUGAUUUGUAAAUCUUAGGAACAAAAGCAGUGUCACAGAUUCUAUUAGCUCUCAUAUUUUCUCUCUUAUCUCCUCCCGUUUUAAUCCUUUUAUUAACUUCCUUUUCCCCAGCUUGUCUUUUCUGUGCCAUUAUCUUACAGCUAAAGUCUUAAUGCUCGAUCACUCUUAUUUUUGAACUCUGUACAGUCAUCGACUAGUUUAUAAAGGAGAAAUUCAGAGCAAUACUUUUUUUUUUUCUUUCUUUUUUCUUCCAUCUCGCUACUGUAAAUAGCAGAAGAAUGAUAGUGAUGAUCACUGGCGUGCUGAAGAGGCUUGGCACAAUGUGUAGAGCGGCGUCUAAUGGUUUUUUUAAAGGGAACACGCCGCCGUGUUUUGAAGACAACACGGCGGCGUGUCGCCUGUAACCGUUGGCAACCUCUAUCCAAACAUGUCAUGAUAAGCUUCCACUAUUAAGUCUCUGAUUGUAGUGUGUGUGUAUGUAAUAUGUUUAUAUGCUCUGUAAAUGCUUUUAAAACCUGUAAUUAUUGUUAAUGAACUGAAACAGAGGAAUAAAUAAAGAACUGCAAUAAAUUAUUCUACUUAAUGACAGCGAGGCCGCCGAGUGAGUCCUUGUUGUUGAGUCUGCAGACA